AUGACUUUCGAGGCCCGCGUGAAGUCCGUCCUGUCGGGUGACACGGUCGUGCUGUCGAACAUCACCAAUCCCACCCAGGAGCGCAUUCUGAGUCUGGCCUAUGUGUCUGCCCCACGAUUGAGGCGUGAGGGUGAUGAGCCCUUCGCCUUCCAAUCCCGUGAAUUCCUCCGUGAGCUUCUGGUCGGCAAAGUCGUCAAGUUCCAGGUCGCCUACUCGGUCCCUACCGGUGCUAAGCGCGAAUAUGGGUUCAUCAAGCUGCCGGGUUUCGACGCCUCGCUGCCUGACAUCAGUGUUCAGGAGGGAUGGUCGCGUGUGCGUGAAGAAGCUGGCAAGCGGUCCGACGAGUCUGAGGAGACCUUGAGCCUGCUGGACCGGCUGCGCGCGCUGGAGUCGCUCGCUCAGGAUGAGGCCAAGGGUAUCUGGGCCGGCUCGGACAAGGGCCAGAUCGACACCAGCUAUGAGGUGUCAAACCCCCAGACUCUGGUCCAGAAAUACAAGGAUCAACAGCUAGAGGGAAUCGUUGAGAAGGUCCUAAACGGUGACCGGGUGAUUCUGCGCAUUCUCCUCUCGCCACAGGAGCACGUGCAGACGCUGGUUGCCGUCGCGGGCAUUCGGACCCCCGCUGCUCGCCGGACAACAGCAGAGGGCAAAGAACAACCCGGUGAGCCAUUUGGUGACGAGGCUCUGCAGUUUGUGGAAACAAGACUGCUUCAGCGCAAGGUCAAGGUCGCCCUGCUGGGCGUCACUCCUCAAGGCCAGCUGGUGGCCACUCUCCUGCACCCCAAUGGCAACAUUUCCCGCUUCCUUCUUGAGGCCGGACUCGCCCGCUGCCAGGACCACCACUCGACCCUUCUGGGCCCGGACAUGGCUCUCCUCCGUCAGGCGGAGCGCACAGCCAAGGAUGCUCGAAAGGGACUGUUCGUCAGCCAUGUUGCACCCAAGGGCCCUGCUGGCGGGGCGGCGGCAGUAGACUACACUGUCAGCCGGGUGCUGAAUGCCGACACGCUCUUCCUUCGCAACAAGGCUGGCCAGGAGAAGAAGGUCAGCAUCACUAGUAUCCGGCAGCCCAAGCCGUCCGAUCCCAAGCAGGCUCCGUUUGCCGCAGACGCCAAGGAGUUCCUGCGUAAGCGGGUGAUCGCGAAGAACGUCAAGGUUACUGUGAACGGAAAGAAACCAGCCAACGAGGGCUAUGAGGAACGCGAAGUGGCCACUGUCAUGCAGGGCAACAUCAAUGUUGGACUGUCGCUGGUCGAGGCCGGGUAUGCCUCUGUCAUUCGCCACCGGAUGGAUGAUGAUGACCGAUCUCCCGAUUAUGAUUCCCUGCUCGCUGCCGAGGCCGAGGCCCAGAAGGAGGGGCGCGGGAUGUGGUCGUCCAAGCCGCCCAAGGCCAAGCAGUAUCAAGACUACUCGGAGAGCGUGCAAAAGGCCAAGAUGGAGCUCGCCCAACUACAGCGGCAGAAGCGCGUUCCGGCCGUAGUUGACUUUGUCAAGUCGGGCUCCCGCUUUACUGUGCUGGUGCCCCGGGACAACGGCAAGCUGACCCUCGUGCUUGGAGGUAUUCGCGCGCCCCGGUCUGCGCGCGGACCCACCGAUGCCGGCGAGCCGUUCGGCCAGGAAGCCCACGAUCUAGCCAACCGCCGUUGCAUGCAGCGUGACGUGGAGAUUGAUGUGGAGACUAUUGACAAGGUCGGUGGCUUCAUCGGCACAUUGUAUGUCAACAAAGAGAACUUCACCAAAGUCCUGCUGGAGGAGGGUCUGGCCACUGUGCACGCCUACUCCGCCGAGCAGUCCGGCCAUGCGACCGAGUACUUCGCCGCCGAGCAGCGCGCCAAGGAAGCCCGCAAGGGUCUGUGGCACGACUGGGACCCGAGCAAGGAGGCCGAGGAGGCCGAGGAAGCAGAUGCUGCUGCCAACGGGACCGGCACCGAGAGCGACGCUGCCCCUACCCAGCGCCGCAAGGACUAUCGCGAUGUGAUGCUCACGCACGUAGACCCAGCCUCGGGAAAACUGAAGCUGCAACAGAUCGGCACCGGCACCAGCGCAUUGACUGAGCUGAUGAGCGCAUUCCGGUCCUUCCACCUGAACAAGGCCAACGACACGCCCCUGGCUGGUCCACCCAAGGCUGGUGACUGGGUGGCCGCCAAGUUCAGCGAGGACGGCAACUGGUAUCGAGCCAAGGUGCGGCGCAACGAUCGCGAGAAGCAGCAGGCUGAGGUGGUGUACAUGGAUUUCGGCAACUCCGAGUCCCUGCCGUGGUCGACUCUGCGCCCCCUCACCCAGCCGCAGUUCUCCAGCCAGGCCUUGCGCCCGCAGGCCGUCGAUGCCGUGCUUUCGUUCCUGCAGUUCCCCGCUGCCCCGGACUACCUGGCCGACGCUGUGGAGUUUGUCGCCCAGCAGGCCUUUGACCGCCAGCUUGUCGCCAAUGUGGACCAUGUCGACGCUGAGGGCACCCUGCACGUCACCCUCCUCGACCCUGCGGUCUCCAAGAGCCUCGAUCAGAGCAUCAAUGCGGACAUUCUGCAGGAGGGCAUGGCCAUGGUGCCGCGCAAGCUGAAGGCCUGGGAACGCGCUGCGGGCGAGACUCUGUCGAAGCUGCGCGAGAUCGAGGACGAGGCCAAGGCGGAGCGCCGUGGGAUGUGGGAGUAUGGCGACCUGACGGAGGAUUGA